AUGGCAGCAAACUGCAACGAAGUCCGCAAGCUCGAGGACAAGUUCGAUGAUCUGGAACUCAACCACAUCGCAAGACGCUUCAACGCGGCAGCUGACGAGCUAGCAAAGGCGGCGUCUGGCCGGAAGCCAGUCUCCGACGGUGUCUUUAUCAGCGACCAGUACAAGCCCUCAAUCCGCUACAAGGAGCUGGGAGAGGGCGGCAACGCGCCACCUAUCCUGGACUCCGGAGCCGACCCGGGAGAGGUCGGCCACAUGCCACCUAUCCUGGACUCGGAGGCCAAUGCCUCUGACCUCGAGGUCAUGGAAAUCGACACAAACCUAGCAGAGGGGCCCGACCCCCUGCCUGACUGGAGAGCCCCGUACCUCAAUUACCUCCUCCGCGAGUUGCUCCCGACGGACAAGACAGAGGCGCGAAGAAUCGCCCGCCGCGCCAAAUCUUUUGUCAUCAUCGACUGGGAGCUCUACAAGCAAAGCCAUACCAGAAUCCUGCAAUGCUGCAUCCCAAUCGAGUAUGGAAAGGCGUUACUCCAGGACAUCCACGCCGGAGCCUGCGGCCACCACGCUGCACCGAGAACCCUCGUCGGAAACACCUUUCGACAGGGCUUCUACUGGCUGAUGGCAGUAGCUGACACCACCCGCAUGGUGCGCACCUACGAAAGGUGCCAGUUCCUCACGUGA